GGAUUUAUCCUCCUUUUUCGAGAGAUCGCCUACCGAGUGCGCCCGUCUUUUACAUACGCAUCUAGGAAUCUGUACACGCACGAGAUUCGACUAUAAAGGCUUGCAAGACCUGUUUUCGUGAUUACCUCGUCCUGAGGAAUCUCGCCACGCGUUGUCCGCCAGGAAUAGAAACGCAGGUAGUCUUUGUCUGUCUGCGUCCGAAGACAGGAGGGAUCCUCGGCAACUUCCGCGGCUUUCUGUGGCUUUAGCCGAUUGAUCGGACGAUGCUGUCCCUCAUCAUAUGCUUGCUGCCUCUAGCGGCGGCCGUGUCUGUAGAAGCUGGAAGAAUCGGUGGAGCGGAUACUUCGAAGAAUUUCGUCGUGGACAUUGACAACGGCACCUUGAAACAUGUUCGAUUCGCUGAAAAUUCCGAUCAGAAACAAUUGAAUUUGUCAAAUUUUCCGGGUCUUCACGCACUGGAGAAAAAUGCCUUCGCCAACGCACUUGACGUAGAAUCCAUCGUACUUUCCAACAAUUCGUUGACUUCUCUGCCGGACUUCGUCUUCUCCAAUCUGACAAAACUGAAGAGCUUGUCGUUGUCAAACAAUCAAAUAUCGAAUGUCCGGAACCUAUUCGUCGGCUUGGAGAAUCUGCAGUCGCUGGAUAUUUCUCACAACCCUGUCAGACACUUCGGGAGAGGCCACUUAUUCGGCCUCACCAAAUCUGUCCGUAUUCUCACCGACGGGAAUAUUCUCUGGAGCAUCAGCACGGGCGCGUUCGCUAAUUCCUUCCUUAAAGAGACCGAGGAAAUAAAGCGACUGGCGGCGAUGCAAGAACAGGGAAAUCUAGCAAAGGAGAGCGAAGAGAAGGAGCAGAAAGUCGACAAGGCUGCGAUAAUCACGGAGCCUCCAGAUGAAACCUUUAGCGAGCGUACCCGAGUGAAAAUUUGCAGGUCUGAUGGUGUCGUGAUAUCACUGGAAAUUUUUUCCAAGGACGAGGAACUCGUUGAAGGAUGCGUGCAAGUGCCAAUCGAUAUCACGAUGCAAGUGAAUCUUGCCGAGCUGGGUAUUAAGGCUUUCCAGGAAGACUGGUAUCGGUUGCAAUCUCUGCCGAUUACAUCACUGGACCUGACGAACAAUGAGAUCGCUGAGAUCACGAGGGAGACAUUGAACAAUCUGCCGUCAAGUCUGACGUAUGUGAACUUUCAAGGGAACAAAAUACGCAGGAUCUGGAGUCAAGUGAUCGAGAACGAUCACCUGAAUGUGCUUAACUUGAGGAACAAUCUGAUCGAGGAGAUCGAGGAGGGCGCGCUAGCAAAGACGAAUCUGCACGAAUUGUAUCUAGCCGGUAAUCAGUUGCAAAGCCUGAAUUUUGUCUACAGUCUGCCGAACACCCUGACAGUGCUUCUAGCGAACGGAAAUCAUAUAAUCUCUAUCCCCGACGGCGCGUUCUCCAAGUUCUCCCGUCUGAACUAUCUGUAUCUCGAUGACAACAAAAUCGAAGCGUUGCAGAACGACGCCUUCCAAGGUCUGACAUCUUUGCUGACGCUAUCGUUAACGGGGAAUGGUAUAAGGACGAUCGGGCCGAGCGCCUUCAGAGGCUUGACGACGCUACAGACGCUCGAUCUCCGCCACAAUUCUAUACGCGAUCUGCAGAAGGGAACCCUCGCUGAGCUGAUAGGUCUAAGGCAAUUGAAUCUCGCCAAUAACAAGAUCGCCAAAGCCACUUUAUUUGCCGAUCUAGCGCAAUCCGUGGACUCCCUGCAUCUCGAUCAUAAUGAGAUCGACAUUCUCGAAGAGGGCAAUUUCGUUCAAACUCCGACAUCCACCUUAUCCUUGACCGGAAACAGAAUCUCUAACAUAAUGCGUGGUGCCUUCGACCUGCCUACCCUGAAGGAUUUGUAUUUGAACAACAACUCUUUGACGACCAUCGAGGGUGACAGCUACGAGGGCUUGAGCCGGUUAAGGCGCCUCUGGCUUUCAGAAAAUCAAAUAUCCGAGAUUCGCAAGGGCGCUUGCAAAAAUUUGGGAAGUCUUUAUAUCUUGGAUAUAUCCACGAAUCCCUUCCAGAAGCUGGAAAACGGCGCUCUUCAUGGUCUCAAUACCGCCUUUGGUACCAGCUUGUAUAUCUACAAGAACAAGUUGAAGGAGAUACAAGGCGGAGUUUUCGAUGAUGUUUAAAACUCUUUCUUUUUACGACUCUCGUACGUAUCUCUUCGGUCUUAAAUGUUCUUGAAAAAUUACUGGUUAUCAAUUCACGAACAUUUACAGAAAGCUUAAUUUCGCUAAAUGACACAAUAAGUUGGCUAUCAUCCGAAAUAAAUAUUCAUACAAAUUUUAUAAACGGCCAGUUUUCAUUUUACCUAGCAACAUUGAUCA